ACAGGAUUUAUGUGAUUUUCUAAUCUACCAUAAAGUUUCCUAAAUGACAUGACGUCACCUCUGAGUAAUUCCAUGUUAUUACAUUUUUAUUUACUCCUCCUCCUGAAUUAACCUCAGUCCAGUGUGUUUUAUUUUGAAAGACAGUGGGGGCAGGCUGAACCCGUUCACCUUUCAGAGAUCCUCACCACAGUGCAGAGCAUCUCCUCAGCCUCAUUGCUGCUCCUGCUCCUGGACCUGCUCCUGGACCUGGACCCUGACCUGGACCAUCACAGACAAAACAAUUAUUUUUCUUUUACCUGACGAGUUGUUUCAAAGGAGUAAACAUGAGAGACGUUUAUUUUCUGUCUUGCGCAGUCCUGCUGUGCGGAGUCAGCGGGCGGGUUGUAAACUCCACCGGGUCCCCGCAGCUACAACAGCGGUCCGGCUCUGGUUCGACUCCUGUGAUGAAACCGGACUCGUCGCCCGGGGUCCGCAGAGCGCGGCGGAAACGGUUCAUCACUCAGAGGGACAUGGUGGCCAUCCUGGAUUAUCACAACCAAGUCAGAGCCAGCGUCUUCCCGCCCGCUGCCAACAUGGAGUACAUGGUGUGGGACAACAACCUGGCCAGGACGGCCGAGGCCUGGGCUGCUACAUGUGUGUGGGCACAUGGUCCAGCUUACCUGCUGCAGUUCUAUGGACAGAACCUGUCAGUCAGGACGGGGGGGUAUCAGUCCAUCCUGCAGCUGCUCAAACCCUGGUAUGAUGAGGUCAACGACUACGUGUUCCCCUACCCCCGCCUCUGCAACCCCAGCUGCCCCCUGCUCUGCUACGGGCCCAUGUGUACACACUACACACAGAUGGUGUGGGCCUCCACCAGCAGAGUGGGCUGUGCAGUGCAGACCUGCUACAACAUGUUUGUGUGGGGAGUUCUGUGGACUGAAGCCACCUUCCUCGUCUGCAACUACUCACCCAAAGGAAACUGGAUCGGAGAGGCUCCGUACAGAGUGGGGGUUCCCUGUUCAGCCUGUCCAUCCAGCUAUGGAGGAGCCUGCAGCAACAACAUGUGCUUUCCGCCUGUGCAGUCCAACUACAUGUACUGGUUCAAGUAAAGGAGGAAGAUGCUGCUUAUGGUUGGGAGAUGUAUUAUAAUACAUUGUAUCAGUAUACUGAUUGAUCACUCCUCAUUUUAUACAUAAAUUGUGACACAUUUAUAGUUUGAAUGUCCUUUUAAAGGGAAAAUUCACAGGUGCAACCAUGUACUGUAUACACUUGCACAGUAAAUGAAUAUUGAGCUGUAAUUAAAAGACAAUUUACAGUGUUACUGACCACUACAAACUCCUGGUACUGAUAGCAACUCAAUUAUUGAUACCGCAGCAGUUUUAAAGGUCCAUAUUUUGAUUGAUUUUGAUCCAUAAGAAGAUAUAUUUGUGAAUACCAUCUCACUGUAGUUUUACAUCUCCUCUCUCAGGCUUCUCUCUGGAGCUCAACAGAUCAGUGAGCCAAUCAGAAGAGAGGAGGCUCUGAGCCUCUCUUCUGAUUGGCUGAUUGUUUUCUGAGUGAUCCAAUAAAAAUAUAGCAGAUUUCAGGUAAAGACUCAGAGAAACCAAAUCCUGCAAGGUUGGAUAGUGGGUCCAGGUGGGCAGGGAUUGGGGCGUGGCUGAAGGCGGUGACUGUUUUGUUGUGACAUCACAAAGUUCCAGAAGUCCUGACAGCUGGUUUUAAGGCUCAGUGUCUGAAUACAGGCUGUGUGCAUUUCUCUGUGGACUGAGGCUUUGAUACUUUCACAGUAUUAAUAUAGAAGCUAGACCUGCUCUAUAAUCACACAACACAUGGACAUCUACCUUUAGACUGUAUGGAGCUUUAAUGGGAAACCUUUGUACAAAGGCUGCAGUGGGAUGUUGUUAUUCUAAGUAAAAAUUGUAGUGUAGAUGGAAAUAACCUAAUCUACUGAAAUUAAAUAAAAAUAAAAUGCCACUGUAUAUUAAUUGAUUUUACAAUUGUCCACAGCAUGUAAAGAUGUCUGUAAGUGUGUAAUACAGUAUAAUGUAUUAGACACUGUAUAGAGGCAUGCAAACACAUUUUAUUAUUACGUUUAACGCCUUCAUAUUCUGGUUUGAAGUAACCUGUGUACAGUCUGUGUGUGUGUAGUUUAGUUUUAGGAGCAGGUUACGAGCCCUUUAGCAAAGUGAUGUGGGAUGAGGAAGAGGAAGAACAGGACUAGGGACUGUGAAGAUGAAGAGCUUAAAGAAAGUAUUAUUGUCUGUGUUUUGAUUUAACCUUUUGGUUUGUAAGAUAAAUUAUUAAGUAAUAAGUAAAAGUAAAUUGAAAAGUAAAAGUAAAUUGAAUUGGACA